AAUACUGUUUGAUAUUUUUUUAACGUUUACAAUUUGUCUUUUACGAUGUUCGGAACAUUUAUAAUCGAUAUUAUUGUGUUAAUUAAUUAAUUAACAAUUGUUAAUUAGUUUUGUCAUUUUAACAAAUUUUAUUUAUAGCAAUAUUAGUAUUUUUCUCCAAGAAUUUAUUAAGAAGAAAAAUAUUGCCAAUAAAACACUCUCUCUCUCUCUCUCAAAUCUAUAUUUUUAAUUCUAUUAUUUUUAAAAUUGAUAUUUUAUAUGUUUCUAGGAAAAUUGCGAAACUUGAAAUUUCCUCCUGUUGGUGGUCCAGGAUGACGAACAUAAAAUACAAAAAUUCUAGGUAUUUCGAUAUUAUAUUUAAAAAAGGGAAUUUCACCAGAACGGUUUUACGCUUAUUUACGAAUAUCUACGUCUUCUCUUCUCACAAUUUUUUGGAGGGGGAGUAUUAUUAUAAAUGUUUUUCAUCGUGACAUUUGCUCACCGGCCCAUAGAGGUGCCCAUAGGAUAAAUUGUCUAACUACGGAGAUGCUCGAUCAACUCCGAAAUGAAAGCCGAAGUCAAGAGGGAUUCAUCCUUGUAGUACGUAUGCGCGGAGUUGCCUCUUGUGUGUCGCGAGACCGAUGAGCAGCGACCAAUUGAACGAUUUUUGUUUUAAGAGAGAGAAAAGGAACAUUUACAAGAAUAAGAAGAAAAAAGAAAAAUACGAGAGAGAGAAUAUACAAUAUUCGUGAAUAACGGAAUACGGUCACACACACACAUCGGGAAGGAACAAAAAAUUUAUUAUUUAACGACACACAAUUUAUUUUGAAUCAAUAAAAAAUAUGAAUGGCUAUUAAAAAAAUAGAAAAUCAAAUAUAAAAUACCCCGCAAAGAAAAAGAAAUUCGUGAGUGCAUUUUGGAUUGAAGCGGAGACCUAUGGCUGUCAGGACAGCUCGACGUCAAAUUAACUUGAGUUUAGAAGAAAUAAUUUCAAGUAUUAAGAAAGUUGUUUCUCUCUCGAUAAAUUCGUCCUUUUCAUCGUUUCAUAUUAUUGUGAGAGGAAAUUCGUCUUUGACGAGGAGCCACUAUUCUUGCUCUCGUUCUCGCCAACUCGGUUAUGUGUAAACGUGAGGUGCAAGUGGAGGUGUUUAUAACUACGUACUUGGUGACAAGUGGCGGUGAAGGAAAACGACGUUCGCCAAAGUCACCAGGAAACCUCGGAGACUGAUGAUUACAAACAAAAAUUCAUAUAUAAAUUCACAUUUUUGAAUAUUUAAGAAUUUGAAAAAAAGAAAUAUAAAUAUUUUAUCGAUAUUUCAAAUAUUCCAGGACACACGACAUCUCAUUUAAUUCUCAAUACAGUAGUGUUUUGUUUUCGUUUUUUUGUAAAUAAAAUAUUUGGAUUUACAAAGAAAAAAAAAAAAAAAAUGUUCACCGGAACGAUAAAAGUGGAGAUUUGCCAGGCCUCAGGUCUCAGGGCAACUGAUAAGCAAAGAAAAUUCUGGCAGGACGAAUCGCCAAUUCUCGACCCCUAUGUUUCAAUGGAUGUCGAUGAAAAUCCAUUGGAUCGCUCUUCCACAAAGCCAAAAACAUUUGAUCCAGUUUGGAAUGAAAGUUUCACCCAUGAAAUUCAGGAUGCAAUGAUGUUGAAUCUCACCGUCUUCCACAAUGCUGCCCUGCCUCCCGAUGAUUUUGUGGCUAACUGUUGCAUCCCCUUCGAGGAACUCCUUCAAAGGGAUGAUUCAGCUGCUGACUUUUGGGUCGACUUAGAACCUCAAGGAAAGCUGCGAAUCAAGAUAGAUUUACAGCGGAAUAAUCAAGGACAACAGCCAGGAUGCGUUGCAGGCGACGGAGAUGGUAUUGGAAGUGGCGUUGUCGGUGGGACAGUGAGCGGAGGAAAAGAGCCACGACGUGAAUUUAAGGAACGUCAGGGUUUUAAUCGUCGUCGUGGUGCAAUGCGAAGAAGGGUUCAUCAAGUCAAUGGCCAUAAGUUUAUGGCCACUUUCCUCAGACAACCAACAUUCUGCUCUCACUGCCGUGAAUUUAUAUGGGGCUUGGGCAAGCAGGGCUAUCAGUGUCAAGUUUGUACGUGUGUUGUUCACAAAAGAUGUCACAAACUGGUAGUAACAAAAUGCCCUGGAAUGAGAGACGAGACGAGCCAAUGCACACAAGGGGCUCGAUUCAGUAUAGACGUGCCCCACCGUUUUGUCGUUCACAAUUACAAGCGUUUCACAUUUUGUGAUCAUUGUGGAUCACUUCUUUACGGUCUGAUCAAGCAGGGACUACAAUGUGAAGUUUGCAGUAUGAAUGUUCACAAGAGAUGCCAAAAGAAUGUGGCGAAUAAUUGUGGAAUUAAUACCAAAGCAAUGGCCGAGGUGCUCAGCACAAUUGGCAUCUCGGCUGAUAAACAAGUGAAAACGCCGAAAAUUAAUUAUAAAUUCGCAGCUGGUGGACAUUCAUCGAUUCCAAGCAGAGAAUCACCAACGCCCGAUUCAUUGUUAACGUCGCAAAAAUCGAAGGAUGCAACAACACCCGUCGAGGGUUCAGUGUCAGGAAGCGAGAGUGAAAUGAAAAAAGUGAAUCUCGUUGAUUUUAAUUUUAUCAAAGUAUUGGGCAAAGGUAGUUUUGGUAAAGUCAUGUUGGCUGAGAAAAAGAGCAAUACUGAUGAGGUCUACGCUGUUAAAGUAUUGAAAAAGGACGUCAUUAUUCAGGACGACGAUGUCGAUUGUACAAUGACGGAAAAACGUAUUCUAGCUCUCGCUGCCAAACAUCCAUUUCUCACUGCUCUACACAGUUGCUUUCAAACCAAAGAGAGACUCUUUUUUGUUAUGGAAUACGUCAAUGGAGGUGAUUUGAUGUUUCAAAUACAAAGAGCGAGGAAAUUUGAGGAGAAUCGAGCCCGAUUUUACGCGGCCGAAGUUACGUUAGCAUUGCAAUUUCUCCACAAGAAUGGAGUGAUUUAUCGCGAUUUGAAAUUGGAUAAUAUUCUAUUGGAUCAGGAGGGUCAUUGUAAAUUGGCGGACUUUGGAAUGUGUAAAGAAGGAAUAUUGGAUGGUGCAACAACGACAACAUUUUGUGGCACACCCGAUUAUAUUGCGCCAGAAAUUUUACAGGAAUUGGAAUAUGGUGCGAGUGUCGAUUGGUGGGCACUUGGUGUACUUAUGUAUGAAAUGAUGGCUGGCCAACCACCAUUUGAAGCCGAUAAUGAGGACGAUCUUUUUGAAUCGAUUCUUCACGAUGAUGUUCUUUAUCCAGUGUGGCUCACCAAAGAGGCGGUAUCAAUUUUAAAGGGUUUUAUGACGAAAAACCCGGCCAAACGAUUGGGAUGCGUCACGGCGAAUGGCGGCGAGAGUGCAAUUAGGACACAUCCAUUUUUUCAAUAUAUGGAUUGGGAGGCACUUGAGGGGCGAAAACUGAAACCGCCAUUUAGACCAAAAAUCAAAAGCAAGAAGGACGCCGUGAAUUUCGACGCUGAAUUUACGAGAGAAACACCUGAAUUAACGCCAAUUAAUACAGAUAUCGUUCCCUGUAUAAAUCAAGAAGAAUUCAAGGGUUUCUCAUUCGUGAAUAAGGACUUCAAUCCCACUAGAUUUGUGACGCAAUAAAUUUUCCUGGAGAGUGGAAAGAAAUCUGAAAACCAAGAAAGGAAAGGAUUUUUUCAAAGAAAUGAAAACAAAGAAAAUCGCCUUCUUUUUGUCUCCAGAUCAGCUCAUUUCAAUUCGCGAGCAUUUCCUCAUGGAGGCAUUAAAAAAAAUUCAUAAACAAGGUGACAAUUCAAAAAAAAAGAAAAUUCUCUUUGCAAUUAUUUAUUUGAAGAAAAAGUAAUAUCGCGACAAAAACCAAAAAUGCCCAUCGUAUCUAUUUCCAAAAAAAAAAAACAUUUUUCGAUGGAGCCUUAAACGCGUCAAGGUGACACUUGUCACGCGAGUCAAGAAA